UGCAAUGUGAAACAAAAGACGACCCUCCUUCGGAAUUAUCAAAAUCGCCUGUUUUUUCAAAUGAAACUGUUAAAAAUAUCAAAGAACAUGAAAAUACGGGAAUUCCUCUACAGACACCAUGGACAUUCUGGCUUGAUAAAAUUAUUCCGGACCUUGGAACUUGAGAAUAUUUUUGAGAAAAACAUUACUCGGAGGAAAAUUGAAUUUAUUAUUCGUACGAACGAAGAUGACAUAAUAUUUCUUUUGGCAAUGUCAAAGAAUCAAGAAUCAAUUAAAUUUCCAGUCCCAGCCUUAUUCAAAAAUGAACAUGAAAUUCUCUGAUCCCUAGUGGCGCCAAUACCGAAGAUUUAUUUUUUGCCGAAUGGUUGAAAUCGGAGUGCGAGAAGAAGAAUUGAACAAAAAUUGUCGAACAAAGGAAAAAUGCAGAUAUUUUUCACCCAUAGAAAAUCGGAAAUGGUGCGCACAAUGUUGGCAUGAAUUCUUUGUCACAUAUCAGUCGUUGCCCUCGGAGUUUCAAUUGUUUUCCGGUCGAAGAGAUUGCAGUUCCGUUCUGUUGGACAAUUUUCUGAAUUGAUUGAGAGGAAUAUUUCCAAAUGUUUGCGAAUACAAUAUCAAGAGUGUGUGGAAUUUUUAAAAUUUUCGACCUCAUUUCGAUCUUUAGAGUUGGUGCAUUUCUUUCAAAAGUCUGACUCAAACUCAGACUCAGACUUUUUUCUGACAGGAAAAAAAAGAUAUUUUAACGGAAUUUAGAGUCAUCGAGGAAUAACAAAAAAAUAAUUGUCUCAAAUUGAGUCGUUAGCCUGUAUUAAGGGAUCUACUGAGAAAUUCUAAAAUAGAUAAACAGACGUCAGAAGAUGCUGCGAUUAUAAACGAAGACGACUCCUUUGGUUGUGGUUGGGUGCCGCAUAAAAUGAACCGGCCACCUGGCAGUAAACUCAGUUUCUCGCGAGCUCUCAGCAGUGAUUGUCCUGAGAUUUAAAAGUCAACUUAAAGAAAAGUGUCAUUCAAUAAUAAUUAUUACUUUUCUGUGUUUUGAUUUUCAAAAAUUUUCAUUUUGAAAGAAACAAUUUAUCGGUGGCAAAAAAAUCAAGUUCUUUGGAAAAAAAACAUUCGUGAUCAAGAAUCCAGUGGCAAAAAAAAAAAUAAAAAAAACAACACAUCAAGGAAUUCCCAUCUUGAGACAAAAUGAAGAUCUCUUUUAUUGUUGCCUCGAUUCUGGGACUUUGUCUUAUCUCCAAAGCUACCGGAUCUGCUAUUCCAAUUUGGGAAAGUCUCUCCAAGGGUGAAAAAAUGAGCAGACUAUUCGACAGGUUUAAAUUACAAGCGGAAAAUUAUUGCAUCCAUUCGACGAGUCCGGACUGUAACAAAAAUUUGAUGUUAACAGCGUCGCAAAAAUUGAACAAUCUAAGCAACGAUCAAAUGGACUUCCUCGACCCCUAUCAAAGGAAUUCCGAAGAAAUGAUUUGGCAAGCGCUAACAGAAGGAAUCAAAGGAAACGUUGAUGACGUUGAUGAACGUUUCUCCGUUACAUCUACAGUUUACACAGAAGGUGAAAAUGGCCUCGCCGAGGAAUCGUCGCCAAUUGCAAAUUUCAUCCAACCGGCAAAUCGUCCGGGACCAUUUGUGGUGGGACCAAUGGUGUCGAGAGUAUUGCCAGACGGUCGUCCGGUUCCUGGUGACGAAAGUUUCCCCAAGGACGACGAUCUUGAAGAUUUGAGAUUUUCCCGUCUCCCAUCGAUCGAGGAAAUUGAAACGAAAACCAACAGUCGCUUCUAUCAAAAACCAGAGAGAUAUUCUCUCAAUACUCUGGUCUCGCCCUACCACGAUCAACGUCCAAGAUAUUUCAUUCGAAAUCGUCGAAAUAAUUAUCCACUACGUGAACCAAUUUUCUUCACGUUUCCCUUCGACUUACGUUAUUAUUAAGUUGAUGAUCAUCAAAAAAAAGAAAAAAAAUCCAAGGAUUUUAGAUAUUUCCUGACGAAUGAUCAGAUGAAUUGUUUCAUUCUCGAUCAUGAAAACUUAAGACUUUUAUUUAUUUUAUAAGACUCAACUCUAUUUAUUUGUCUCUUCAUUUUAUUUCUCAUUUCUUUAUAUCGAAUUCAUGCGUCAAAUUGUUUUUUGAAUCAUUACAAACUUUCAGUAAUUAUUUUUUUUUCAAUUAUAUAUUCUUUAUAAUUAUUCACUCAAUAAUUUUU